CGUCCGGUCCCUUUUAGUUCCACAACACGCAUGUUAAACUAGCCGACUUAGCUUCACAACAAAAACAAAACACAAACUGUGGUAACAUGAGCGCAGAUAUUUGUGUUGGAAAUGUUUCGGUGCCUUUACGAAAUCUCCUGAACUCCAUCCGGUGCGUCAGAGACCGAGUCAGAGAUGGAGAGUCCAACGAGUCCGAUGGAGCGUUCAACCUCUCCAACUUCUGGGACACUCUGAACCAGGCGGUGAAGUCUGUGUCCCAGGAAGCCACGAAGCUCAGCCUGGCCUUCUCCAAACCCCCGCUGCCAUCGCAACAGGAUGUGGAGAAGUUGUCGGAUUCCAUGAUGAAGAGCAUCCUGACUCUCUCUACAGUUUAUUACUGGCUGCCUAAGAGCCAAGGCGUUAGUUUGCGCAGAAAGAUCAGAGACGCCACGGGGGAGGUUCUGGAGGGAGUCGCACAGCUGGUGGAGGUCAUACUGAGCUCGCCGCUACAGAGUCUGACACAGGAACAGUUAACAUCUACGGGUGGAGUCUGGUCCGCCUGCGACCAGUUUCCCCAGUUGCCACAAGAUAAUAAAGCUGCAGUUUUAGUCGCCCUGUCCGAUCAGAUUGGAGUGGUGAAAGACGCCAUCGAAGAAAUUGAACAGGCGUUAUCUGAGGCUCAGGACCCAUUCAGUGACGUCCUUGAUGACGAGCAGGGAGGAGAUGAGCCUCGAGGAAACCAGGACACAUACUGGUCAGAGAAGGACCGGCUUGUGAUUGGUCCGUGUCAGGGGCUGAUGAAGGCGUCGGCGGCGUGCCUGAGAAAACUUACAUCGGCCGUCAGAGCCAACGGGGAUGUCGGCACGCUGCAGAAUCUCGCUCAGCUCGACGACCUGGCAGACAUCAGCAAGGAGAUCAGCCCGAGUGUUGAUGAUUUGGCUCUCUGCCUCUACCCUCCGAUGGAUUACAGCGGUGUGGAGAACAAUGUGUCUAAACUGGCAGCACUGUUAAAGAAGGUUCUGGAGAUCAUCAGGUCCAGUCACGUGUGCGGGGAAUCACAACUCACCUGGGUCCAGUUCUUAGACGGAGCCGUCGACCACAACCUGCAAAAAGCCAAAGAGCUCAUUCAAACGGACUGCUAGUGUGUGUGUGUGUGUGUGUGUGUGUGUGUGUGUGUGUGUGUGUGUGUGUGUGUGUGUGUGUGUGUGUGUGUGU